AUGCAGGAUAUGCAGGCUCGUCCAGACGAAAUUUUCAAUAGGCGAGAUAUUGCUAGCAUUUCAAGCGUGCCUAAACAGGCAACAUACAAACAGAAGUUCAGAAAAGAGUGGUUACAAGAUGAAAUAUGUAAAGACUGGAUCACAGAAGUUCCAAAUGACGAAAAAAGUGUUAGUUGCAAGUAUUGCAAGACAAAAAUAAGGGCAAAAUUCUAUGAUAUAAAGGAUCACUCUGAAAGUAAGAAACACCAAGUGAAUAGUGAACCAUUUUCCUCCUCCAGGCAAUCCAAGAUUAAUUUUCCAAAAGUUGAGAAAUCCCGUGAUGUAUCUCGAGCAGAGGCACAGUUGUGUCUGUUUAUUGCAAAACAUUGUGCUACUAGGUCAUGUGAUCAUUUGGUAGAUGUUAUAAAAAAGUGUUUCUUAAAUAAAACUUCAGCAGAUAUGGCAAUGCAUAGAACUAAAUGCACUGCUGUUCUUAAAAAUGCUCUUAUGCCUCACUUUGUUGCUAAGCUAAUAGAAGACAUAGUUUCUACAUUUUUACACCUCGCUCCCCUACAUGAAUGUGAUGCAAAUGGAAUUGUUCGUGCUCUGAAAUCGUCUUUACAUGAUUAUGGACUAAAUUUGCAAAAUAUGAUAGGCAUAGGAUCUGACAAUGCUAGUGUCAUGGUUGGUUUGAACAAUGGAGUUUACAUAAAACUAAAGGAAGAUAUUCCUACAUUGGUGCAUAUCCGCUGUGUCUGCCAUUCACUGCAGCUAGCUGUAUCUCAUGCAUGUUCUGAAACUAUGCCCCGUAAUCUAGAAUCUAAUCUAGAAUUCAUUGCAGUGAAACCUAUAAUUGCGUCGGGUGUGCAAAGAUUAUGUGAUCAAUGGCUGGAGCUGAAAACUCAUUUUGGCUUAACAAAAUCAUCUGAGAGAUGUUAUACCUCAGAAAUGCUCCACUCCUUGUACAGUGAUGAAUAUGAUCAUAUUUGUUUUUUCUAA